UCCUUACCAUUUCAUCAGUGGCACUCCUUGCGGCAGGCUACAGUACAGGAGCCACUGGAACUAAACAAUUAGAAGCACACAUCGGAGUUAUUUUCUCGCAGAGUGGGGAUAUUACCAGUCUGGAUAUUCGUUAUCUGGUGGCAGUGAUGGAAUCCAGGUCCAUGUCUUGGUCCUAUCUGUUCAGCAUAGCGGUGUUUACUUCGUGCACCUUAGCUUUGGCAGCGAACAUCUAUAAUUGUGAUGAACCACUGGUAUCGAUGCUGCCUCAGACUUCCUUCGAAAGUUCAUCAAAACUUUCUGCCAGUCAUUCGCCUCGCUUUGCCAAGCUUAACAGAAGAGAUGGGGCUGGUGGAUGGUCCCCUCUCAUCUCAAAUGAGCAUCAAUGGCUACAAGUGGAUCUGAGAGACAGAGUAGAGAUUACUGCCAUAGCCACACAAGGUCGCUAUGGCAGCUCAGACUGGAUCACCAGCUACCUCCUUCUGUUCAGUGACAUGGGAAGAACCUGGACUACGGAUUGA